AUCCAGUAAAUGCAAGUAAAUCCAGUAGUAAAUCCAGUAAGAAUCCUGUGCACAGUUCAGUUAGUCCAAUACGCGAGAAUCGUUGAGAACAUCACCACUCCCCGCCGCUUUCUUCAAUUCUCUUUCAACCUUUCUCCCUCUUCUCCCCCAUUCACCAACCUUUUAUUGCUCCUAUAGACUACACUCUUGUAGAAAAAGAACUCGCCGACAUCUUCCCUCCCUCGACCUAUACACGACUCGACACACCGAUAGACAGGGCGCAUAUAUCCAGAGUAUACCCCAUACAGACGACAUCGACAUCGACAUCGACAUCGACUACUACCAUUCCAAGCCGAAUCUGCAUCUCACCUGCACUCAUCAUCCAUCACCAACCUAUCGCCGCUGCUCCCGCCGCUGCUCCCGCCGCUGUACGCCUGCAUUUCCUCACAUCUCCGUCAUCGACCGGCGAUCAUUGCCUGUGCGAAACUCCACCAACAAACCACAAACCACAAACCACAAACCACAACCACAACCACCACCACCACAACAAACACCAACGGCGACUCCCAAACUCGCUUAACAAUCAACGACUUCCCCUCCAAACAUCCCACCCCACUAAAUAGUUAUCGUCAAAGGCCGACUUCAUCUCCAAUACCCGGACCUGCCCCACCCCUCAAAAGGUUCGAAUGGAGACGCUCAAGGCCUUCAUAAAGCAUGGGAAGCAAGCGCGAGUGACCCAGCCUCAAGCCGAACCAACAACCCACGUAUCGCCCGUCACUGCGCACCAACAACGAGCUGCGAAGACCGAGUCCAGCGUGUCACAGAAGCGCGCAGAGGAGGCAAACAUGGCCCACCAGGCACAGAAGGAUGAUGCGAACAGGAAGGCAGGUGGGAAGAAGGUAGACCCGGACACGCUCGCGCGCAUGGUCGCCGAAGACAACGAGUCGAAGGGGAAGCUGCCGCGGUACCCCGGCCUCGAGAGAUGGCGCCUCAUUGAGAAGAUGGGCGACGGCGCAUUCAGCAAUGUAUACAAGGCCGUCGACCUCGAGGGAAGCGCGGGCGAGGUGGCCAUCAAGGUCGUCCGCAAGUUCGAGAUGAACUCUUCUCAGGGUGAUGAUCAUCUUCAUCCGGAUUUCAAGAAACCAAAGGCUGCUGAGAGAGCGAACAUUUUAAAGGAAGUCCAGAUCAUGAGGCAGCUUGACCACCCCAGCAUCGUGAAGCUCAUCGACUUCUCCGAGUCGAAACAGUACUAUUAUAUCAUCCUGGAGCUCGCACCCGGAGGAGAAUUGUUCCACCAGAUCGUCCGCCUGACCUACUUCAGCGAGAAUCUGUCUAGACAUGUCAUCACACAGGUAGCCGAGGCAUUAGAGUACUUGCACGAGGAGAAGGGUGUUGUGCACAGAGAUAUUAAGCCGGAGAAUUUACUGUUCAGCCCCAUCCCCUUCAUUCCAACCAAGAACCCAAAGCCAAGGUCCGACGAGGAAGAGGACAAGGUUGACGAGGGAGAGUUCACAGCUGGCGUUGGUUCGGGCGGCAUCGGUAAGAUUAAGAUUGCCGACUUUGGCCUGUCAAAGAUUGUAUGGGACACUCAGACCAUGACACCCUGCGGCACAGUCGGCUACACCGCUCCAGAGAUCGUCAAGGAUGAGCGCUACUCCAAGAGCGUGGACAUGUGGGCGAUGGGUUGCGUUCUGUACACACUACUCUGCGGAUUCCCUCCUUUCUACGACGAGAGCAUCCAAGUCCUCACGGAGAAGGUUGCAAAGGGGCAGUACACAUUCCUCUCGCCCUGGUGGGACGACAUCUCCAAACCUGCCCAGGAUCUCGUCUCGCACCUCCUAACCGUCGACCCAGAGAAGCGCUACACCAUCAAGGAGUUCCUCGCUCACCCCUGGAUCAAGAACACUGCCGAACCUACCUACGCGGCCUUUGACGCCCCACCUCUCGCCACACCUGCCACCGAGCGCGCUGAGCCUCUCCGCGCCUUUGACCGCGAGCUCCUCGAGUCACCAGGAGCGCGCCGCAUGGACUUCCGCUCGCCUGGUGCAGUUAACCUACGCGAGGUAUUCGAUGUGGGUUACGCCGUGCAUCGCCAGGAGGAGGAAGCGAAGCGCCGCAAGAAUCUCAUGGGCCGCGGACUAGAGCCCAUAGGUGAUGAGAAUGAGGGGGGCAUGCAGGGUGUUGAACAGGGUCUGAGGAAUACGAGCCUGAGUGCUGCGGCGACCGCGAGGCAGCAGGCACAACCACAGGCGAAGGGAUAUGGACAGCACUCACCCGCUGUGGCAGCAGCAGCAAGGCAGCAAGUUAAGAACCAGAGGGGUCCGUUCGAGUUGAAUCUUGACGGCGCAACGUUACUGGGGAGGAGAGGGCAGAAGGGGCCAACGAGCGGACUGAGGGAGUCCACGACUGUGCAAUGAGCGGAUGAGGAUGGGACUAGGGAUUUGUUGCAUGGCGUGAUACUGGCGUUUGAAACUGGGACGGGCGUGAUCCUGGCAUCACCCCGUGUUUUUCUUGCUCUGUUUGGGCUGCCUGUCUUGAUAAGGACGGUGUUUGUGGCCCGAGGCAUUUUCUAGCUAUGACCGCACAUGUGUCUAGCGCCUGAUAGACGAGGCGAUGGAAAUGCAUACAUGUCCGUUUUGACUAGAUUAUUUGUGGUGACUUGGUGGAUGUUAGGAAGUGACUGUACGAGUGUCGGCUGUCAUUUAUGAGCCUUUAUUAGAGCCUACUAUGUAGCAACUAAGCAAGAUAUUCACAUACACGAUUACCUUUCAUCUCUCGCUGUCACAUUACCCCGCCCUUACCUUUACCCGAUAUAAGAACCCCUAACCUCAUCUGACGAGUUGGGGGUGGGUGAUCUCCUUCUUCUGCCGCAUUGUCGGGGCCCGCCGCCUUCGCUGGUGCCUUUCUUCUCUAGUUUGGGCUUCUUUGUCACUUCUUGGCUCUGGUGUCAUUUCCUCCUUCGGGGUUUGCGCUGGGGACUUAGGCGCCGAGGUGCCUUCAUCUAUUUUAGCCUGCCACAAUAUCAGUUUCGGCUCCUGAGGGUAUCUCUAGCGAUUCGCCAGCAGAUCGGGAGAGGUACUCACGACUUCCCUACCAAUCCAACCAAUCCAACCCAGCAUUAUCGUCCAUCUGAAAAGUCGACAGCCACACGUCAAGCUCCUGCGAUGCCGAAUCGAUCGCCGCAGUGACCUGAUCAUUUGACAUUGCUGAAAACAACACCGGUUGAAACUCUGCGAACCCUCCGAGGCUCUGUCC